CCCAUCAACCAAAGCAGCACAGCUAUGGACACAAGCAAUGGUAGCUGCACCAGCCAAAGCACAGCCAUCCACCAAAGCAGCACAACCAUGAUGCCACGAAAGGUGACAAGGACUCUGGCCAUACAAGUUCAAACCAAGUGUCGCUCAGUUUCUACACAGACGCGUCCUCAAACUCGGUCGGCAUACGUCCAAGUGAACACGGCUAUACGACAGGACCGUGCGGUGCAGACAGACAUAUCUGCCACAGGCGAUGCGUGGGAUCUUUUGGACAGGCUACAUGGAACCUCAUCCCCCAUCUCCGAACAAGUGCCACUGCCAUCAGAGUUUCUGAGCUCCAUACAUGUUGAAUGUGAAGGUCCAGCACCACCUGCCAGCUCGGAGCCUGCAGGCAUGUGUGAAAACGACGACACGUUUGGCGACUGUGGUGACUGCCCAGCUUCCCCAACCAGCCCACCUAGUUCGGAGCCACCGAGCAUGUGUCAAAAUGACGACCCCACCUAUGAUCCAACCUACGACUCAACCCAUGAACCGUCGUAUGACAAAAGUUUUCAGAUGUGA